CGGGAGCGUAAUGAAUGAAAUUAGGAGCACUUCUCACACGGCAAUGAACUUUUCCAAUCAACCAACCAGAAAAUUUCUCCAGAGAGUCAACGUAGAAACUCUACGGAAAGACGGAUUCCACAAGCUUAAUCAAAUGCCUUCUCCAACCUAAUCAUCAAAGCUCAAGGUUUGCCAAUCCAAUCCUCCUCCCAAAAUCAUGCCUUUGUUCUUCCUCUCAUCCUUAGCCUUCUUUUCCUUCUUCCUUGCUCGAGUUCCCAUCUCAUCAUGCAUCGGCUUUACUUUCCCCAGAUUCGAUUCAGAGUCAGCCAUCAAGUCCUCCGGCAACAGAUCCAUCGCCUCCGACGGCUCCCUCCAGCUCACUGACGGCCAACCUGCAGCUUCCACCUACUACGCCCAUCCCAUCCCGAUGUGGCGCGCCGCCACCAACGAGACCGCCAACUUCUCCACCUACUUCGAGUUCUCUGUCUCCUUCCCCAGCGGCGGCGCCGCGAACUCAUCCCCCUUUGGCGGCUUCGCCUUCUUCUUGGCCCCGGUCGACUCGUUCGACCACGGAACUUCCAAUCCGAUCAACUUGUCCAAUGGCACCACAACGUCCCCCGAUCGACUUCUAGCCGUGGAGUUCGAUUCCUUUUGGGCGAACUCGAUCUCCAACGGCACCGCCGCCGUUAACAAUGACUCGCUCGCCGCCCGAAUCUCCUACACAGCGAUCUCCAACCUCCUCGUCGUCCGCGUAGAGGAACUGAAGGCUAGUCCCAACUCCAGCCCUCUGAAUCUUACUUAUCGGGUGGAUUUGAGGAAAGUCUUGCCGGAUCAAGUCCUGGUGGGCUUCUCCGCUACCAAUGGAUCGGCAGCGGUUCUUCAGAGGAUCACGAAUUGGAAUUUUACCUCUGAUCUCGAGCCGGAAAGUAAGAAAUCUGCCCUCAAACUAUGGAUGGUGGCUCCGGCCAUCGCUUUGAUCCUUGCUCUGUUUCUGGCGGCGCUGAUACUCUACAUUUGGAGAGGAGAAGGGUCGUUGAGAACCAAGAUCCUGUAUUGGAUUAUACUGAGCGUGGAGAAAGGCGUGACCUUUGCGCGCCGUCCGUUGUUAUGGUGUCGAUUGAUGCGGAGGAGAGGGAAGGGCGAAGAUGGCAAUUUGAGCUCGGGCGAGUCGAUGGACGACGAGUUCAGCACGGGGACGGGGCCGCGGCGGUUCUCGUACCGGGAGCUCGCGUUGGCGACGAACAACUUCUCGGAGAAGAGGAAGCUGGGCCAGGGAGGGUUCGGCGGCGUCUACAAGGGGUUCUUAGUUAGGUCCGGCAGCGAAGUGGCGGUUAAGAAGAUAUCGAGCACGUCGAAACAGGGGCGGAAGGAGUACGCGUCGGAGGUGAAGAUCAUCAGCCGCCUCCGCCACCGGAACCUGGUGCAGCUCCUAGGUUGGUGCCACGAGCGCGGCGAGUUCCUGCUGGUGUACGAGUUCCUCCCCAACGGCAGCCUCGAUCGGCACCUGUUCCGGCGGCCGACGUCGUCGUCGCCGCCGCUGCCAUGGGAGAUUCGGUACAACGUGGCGGUGGGUCUGGCGAAGGCGCUGCUGUAUCUGCACGAGGAGUGGGAGCAGUGCGUGGUGCACCGGGACAUCAAGCCCAGCAACGUGAUGCUCGACUCGGGCUUCAACGCCAAGCUGGGCGACUUCGGGCUGGCGCGGCUGGUGGACCACCAGCUGGGACAACACGCCACGGGGGUCGCCGGCACGCUGGGCUACCUGGCGCCGGAGUGCUUCCACACGGGGAAGGCGAGCAAGGAGUCGGACGUGUACAGCUUCGGGGUGGUGGCGCUGGAGAUCGCGACGGGACGGCGGGCGGUGGAGCACGACAAGGAGGCGGAGGAGGAGGUGCGGCUGUUGGAGUGGGUGUGGGACAUGAACGGGAAGGGGCGGCUGAUAGAGGCGGUCGACCGGAGGCUGGAGGAGCAGUUCGAGGAGGCGCAGUUCGAGGCGCAGAUGGAGAGGCUGAUGCUGGUGGGGCUGUGGUGCGCGCACCCCGACCAAGCGCAGAGGCCCUCCAUGAGAGAGGCCAUCCAAGCUCUGAGGUUCGAGGCAACGGCGAUACCGAGCCUCCCGAAGACGAUGCCGGUGCCGGUCUUCCAGCCGCUGGUGCCGGCGCCUCAGGGUUCCAUUUCCAGCACGCCGACGAAUACCUUCGGAAGCCUCACCACUGGAAGGUAGUUAGUUCUCAACUGUAAUCAACUACCGUUUCAUUUGUUUUAGGGGAACAACAAUAUAAUCGGUCUUCUUCUUCUGUAAUCAACUAUUGUUUCAUGUUUCCUUCUUAAAGUUGAUGCGGGAAUAGUUUGUUUU